GGCGGUCCCAGGAGUGCAGCAAGUGCAAGUGUUUUACUCUUUCCCCGCCUCCCCACAACGAGCGCAGCCGACAAAGCUCAACCAGUUUCGGUUUCAAUACAACAGUUUUACAAUUUGUUACAACUAAGCCAGACGAGCGGCCAGCUGAGCAGAGCUGCUGCCGUUGUUAUUGUUACGCCAGCAGCUGGGUUUUCGGCGCAACUCAACCUGGCUGUGGCGCAUGCGUGGAUGAUUAGUGAAGUGCGAGACAUCGCGGCAAUCGGACGUUGCAGACGCGUGAAAGAUCCAAACUUUCAAGACCCAGACAUAUACAGAUUAGAGAUACAUACAUAAAAGGCGAGAUUAUGAAAAUGGCGCAGGGUAUUCCUCGAACUCUGCUCAUUGCUGUGCUCUUAAAUGCGUCCGUCUCUUUCGCCUGGAAGCCAAUCAGUGGCAGCACAGCCGCCUACAGCCUCAAGCAGUCACAUCCGGGGACAGCGAGCAGCAGCCACGAAAUUUCCGCCAGCUUCUCGCAGUUUGCCAGCGAAGAGAAAACCACCGAGGUCGGGGAAGAGGUGCUCCCUGGCCAAGCCGCCGUUCUGGGCAGAGUGGACUCGAGCGCCUCGGUGGUACACCCCAUCAGCUUUGCAGAUCACGUGGAGGACCAGUACGAGUCCUACAGCAUCGAGGCCGAGGAGCCGGCGACCUUAACGCGAACUCCGCUGUACGGUUCCGAACGCUGCAGUGUCAAGAAGUUUGCUUUUAACCAAGACGGCGAGGUGGAGUACGGCAACCAGAUGCCGGAGCUGGACCAAUUCACAAUCUGCUUUUGGAUGCGAUUCACCAAUCACAGCGGCGAUCACGUCCUUUUAACCUACGAGGCUGGAAAGGAACUACGCGAAGUGCAAAUCUGGGUCGCAAAUGCGCAGAAUUCAAGUUUCCUUUCAAUGGCCAUAAAAGGUCAGCAAAUGUACAGAUUGAACUACCCACUAAAAAUGCGCCAGUGGCAUCACAUGUGCAGCUCGUGGAAUGGCAAGACGGGCGAGUGGCAGGCCUGGCUAAAGGCAGAACGCAUUGGGCGUGGUUUCCACAAUUCGUUGGUGGGUCAUAAAAUUCCAGCGAACGGAAGACUGCGCUCCGGCGGCAGUUCGGUCACCGGUGACGUCAGCCACGGCCUGCACUUCGAGAUGACGCUGGUCCAAGUCUACCGAGUGGCCCUCAGUGCCGGCAAAGCACACCGCGAUCACAAGCACCACCAUGUCCAUCACUUCGACCACGAGGGCCUAGAGGUUUCCAGCACCACACGUGCCCCACCUUUAAUUAACCGACCUCAGCCUAUGCACACACUGCUUGCCAGUGGCCAGAUCCCGACACGGGUGCGCAUCAACCUGGCCAAUCCGCCCCCUGCGUCCGCUGCCGCUGGGUCCAACGAUCCAGCCCAGCAGGCCAUUACCAUCAAUACAAACUUCGUUAACGGACAGAUAAACGCAGGUUCGCGACUGGUGGCCCAGCAGCUUCUGGGACUCUCGUCGCCGAGCGGUUUAAACCAGGGACAACUGCAGCCUGGCGGAGGCAACCGCUUUCAGAUGAUGAGCAACUCAGCCAACGUCCAGUUUAUCGAUGAAACCGAGACUCACAUCCAGUUCAAGCGUGAGGCCGACAAGAAAAAACUGCACAAGCGUGGUCUGGUGCUGCUGGAUAACGGAUCCGUGGUGGACGACGGACUUGGGACGGACGCCAGCGAGAUUUACAACGGCCUGGCUGACUUUGGCGGCCUGCAGUUCAAGCAGGACCUGACAAUGAAGAUGAAUUUGGAGGAGGAGAUCAGCUCGCACGAUCGAGAGCCUGCUGAGGAGGAGGUAAAGGCCGUAAUGACUAUCUGCAGCAGUUGCAACUCGGAACCCUUCCAGGGCGCCAUCGUAUUCGCGUGGAAGGAUGUGCGGGAGCACAUGAACAACGCACUCAAGGGCCUUAGCGUGGGUCCGUGCGGCAACUUCUAGUUAUACUUUGGGUACGGAUAUAAUCCUAAUAUCUAGUGCCCCAGAGCCCUCAAGUUCUUAUCAUUCCAUUUUUUUUGUAUAUACGUUUAAGUAUUCGAUGGGAGUUGGCAAAUUCUAUCCCGAACCACCUUUUCCCAUGUCCAUGUGGGAGUCAACGCUUUACAGUGGCGCCAUGGUCCCAAACAAUCCUUGACUCGCUCAUGGACACCCAUCCUUAAACCCCACACCAUAGCAACUACGCGGUGAUAUUAAAUAAAGGAAUAUUUUAACCAA